GUGUAAGAGGCAGGACGUCUCCUACUGUAUCGCCCUCAUUGCAAAAGCGGCUGAUGCUUCCCUUUUCAUCUGGAGAUGCUUGAGAUAAGAGAGAGCGGGCGCUUCAGCAUGGUAGCUCGUCUGCUGCUCCUCUGCUGUGUCUCUACUCUGAGAACUUCUCUCUCAUCCGUGGUGCGUCAGUCCCCCGAGUUCAUCCCUGUAUCUGUCGGUGACUCUUUUAAACUAAAAUGUACUCGUGAUCUGCCGAUAUCGUAUUGUUUCAGCUCAAUCUCCUGGUAUAAAGUCAACCCAAGAAGUGGAAAACUAGAUGAUAUCAGUAAAGAUAAUAAAGACCAGGAAGAAGAUGAUAACUUAUCGUGUACCAAGACAAUUUUUAAUGCCCGAGUUCAAGACUCAGGUACUUACUACUGCGCAUCUAUGCAUGAUAAAUUGUUGUUUAUUGGAACUGGAACCAGAGUCGUCGUCACAGACAAAGGUCCGGUAAAGCUGUCUGUGGUUCUGUACACCCCAGUGGACGUGGAGGUGGACGCUCCCUCUGUUCUCCUGCAGUGUGUGGUGAUGGACGUUGUUCCCUCUCAGGUCAAAGUAUCGUGGUUGGUUGAUGAAGACAAGCGCACAGGAUGGACAGAUUCAGGCUGGACAGGACACGACAAUGCAGCCUCAGAAUACACUAGAGCUCAAAUCAGGGUCCCUGUAGAGGAAUGGAGCGACACGAACAUACAGUGUGUCGUGAUGUAUACAAACCAGACUGUGUACCGAACCGUGCCACCGCGAACAGGUCACUCAGACUCGUGCGCAUGGCUGCUGUAUGGAGGCUGCGCCGUCGCCGUCUUCACAAUCGCUGUGGCGAUCACUGUGGCUUUGUGUUUAAGAAAAGAGAAGCGAACAUUUCCAAUUAAAAGGCAUGGUGUCGGUGUGGAUGUUCAGCGUAAACACCGGGCUGAGGGAAAACAGGAAACACUCAGGAACCAUCUACAGAAAUCUCCUAUGGAAGUGGAAUAUUCCAGUUUGAACCACGAAAUCUUCAAACGGCCACCAGCUGCUCCUCCUCCAUUAGAAUUAGAUUAGCAAAAGUAUAAAAAUUUCUGUUUUUUUUUCAUGUAUUUAUUGUAACUCAUUCAAUUUAUUUAUAAAACUCUUUUUGGUUCAUGCCUGUAGGUAUCAGACACACAGGUCCACGCUCUAAACUCUAAUUUUUUUUUUAUUUUAUCUUUAUAGGAUAAUGUGAUGUGUUCAAUUCUGCUUUACAAUAAAUCACUGGAAAAAAAAGAAAUGAAUAAAACCCCAUUUAUCUCCUGA